CGGCUCUAGGCCGCCAUUUUGUGCAGAGCCUACUCUGCUAAAGCGGGAGAGGAUUAAAACCACCGGAGGAGAAGGGCGCGUUUCUACACCAUCCCAGACAGAGCACAGAACGGACCCCGGGCUUUCAUUCAAAUUCGACGAGAAAAUAAACAGACAACAGCAGGUCAUACCCAUGGAGGGCGAGCCGACGGACGCGGUUGUGGACGAGGGGGGCGACGCCUUCAAGGCCAAAGAGUGCAAGACGUACCAGCGGCGGCGCGAGGGCGGGCCCGAGGAGGAGGAGGUGGAGGAGGUGGGGGCCGACCUCCUGCAGCAGGCCCAGGCGGCCGUCGCCGCGGCGAUGGAGGCGGGCGGAGUGGCCGAGGAGCAGCAGCAGCCCCCGGGCGAAGUGGGCGUGGUCAGCGUGGACGGAGGGGUGGGGAUGAUGGUGAUGGACAGUCUGGACCCCGCCCUGCUGCAGAUGAAGGCGGAGGUGAUGGAGACGGGGGUGGCGGUGGGGCAGGUCACGGCCCACGAGGCCACCGUCACCACGGUGGACGACACGCAGAUCAUCACGCUGCAGGUGGUCAACAUGGAGGAGCAGCAGCUGGGCCUGGGCGAGCUGCAGCUGGUGCAGGUGCCCGUCUCCGCCGUGCCCGUGUCCACCGCCGUGGUGGAGGAGCUGCAGGGCACCUUCGUCGACGCCACGGCCAUGCCCAAGGACGGGGAGCCCGUCAUCUGCCACACCCUGCCCCUCCCUGAGGGCUUCCAGGUGGUGAAGGUGGGCGCUAACGGGGAGGUGGAGACCGUGGAGCAGGACGAGCUGCAGCCACAGGAGCCCCCCGAGCCCCAGAAUGAGGACUCCUCCUGGGCCAAAGACCCCGACUACCACCCGCCCAUCAAGAAGACCAAGAAGCCCAAGAAAAGCAAGCUGCGCUACGACACGGAGGAGGGCAAGGACAUGGACGUGUCCGUCUACGACUUCGAGGAGGAGCAGCAGGAGGGCCUGCUGAGCGAGGUCAACGCCGAGAAGGUGGUGGGCAACAUGAAGCCGCCCAAGCCCACCAAGAUCAAGAAGAAAGGUGUGAAGAAGACAUUCCAGUGCGAGCUGUGCAGCUACACGUGUCCGCGCCGCUCCAACCUGGACCGCCACAUGAAGAGUCACACGGACGAGAGGCCACACAAGUGCCACCUGUGUGGCCGCGCCUUCAGGACCGUCACCCUGCUGAGGAACCACCUGAACACGCACACAGGAACCAGGCCACACAAGUGCGGAGACUGCGACAUGGCCUUUGUGACCAGCGGAGAGCUGGUCCGACAUCGCCGCUACAAGCACACCCACGAGAAGCCCUUCAAGUGCUCCAUGUGCGACUACGCCAGUGUGGAGGUGAGUAAGCUAAAGAGGCACAUCCGCUCCCACACGGGCGAGCGGCCGUUCCAGUGCAGCCUGUGCAGCUACGCCAGCAGAGACACCUACAAGCUCAAGAGACACAUGAGGACUCACUCAGGGGAGAAGCCGUACGAGUGCUACAUCUGCCACGCCCGCUUCACCCAGAGCGGCACCAUGAAGAUGCACAUCCUGCAGAAGCACACGGAGAACGUGGCCAAGUUCCACUGCCCCCACUGCGACACGGUCAUCGCCCGCAAGAGCGACCUGGGGGUGCACUUGAGGAAGCAGCACUCGUACAUCGAGCAGGGCAGGAAGUGCCGUUACUGCGAGGCCGUGUUCCAUGAGCGCUACGCCCUGAUCCAGCACCAGAAGUCCCACAAGAACGAGAAGCGCUUCAAGUGCGACCAGUGCGACUACGCCUGCCGACAGGAGCGCCACAUGGUGAUGCACCGGCGCACCCACACGGGGGAGAAGCCUUACGCCUGCAGCCACUGUGAGAAGACCUUCCGCCAGAAGCAGCUGCUGGACAUGCACUUCCGCCGCUACCACGACCCCAACUUCGUGCCCACCUCCUUCGUGUGCACCAAGUGCGGCAAGACCUUCACCCGCAGGAACACCAUGGCUCGGCACGCGGAGCACUGCACCGGGCCCGACGCGGAGGGAGAGAACGGCACCGUGCCCCGCAAGACCAGGGUGGGGAGGAAGAGGAAGAUGCGCUCCAGGAAGGACGAUGACGACAGUGACGAGCACGGCGAGCCUGACCUGGACGACAUCGAUGAGGAGGACGAGGAGGCGCUCCUGGCCACCACCGAGAUGGAGCUGGAGCAGGCCCCGCCCACAACACCCGUCCCCGCCCCCAUGCCCCCGCCCGUCAAGAGGAAACGGGGCCGACCGCCCGGCAAGGCCAACCAGCCCAAACCCGCCCCCCCGGCGGCCAUCAUCCGGGUGGAGGACGAGAGCACGGGCGUGGUGGAGGACAUCAUCGUGAAGAAGGAGCCGGAGCUGGAGCCCGAGGCGGCGGCGGAGGAGGAGGAGGAGGUGCAGGCCGAGGAGGUGGGGGAGGAGACGGAGGUGGAGACGGUGCAGCUCCCGCCCGUGGAGGCGGCGCCCAACGGCGACCUGACGCCCGAGAUGAUCCUCAGCAUGAUGGACCGGUGAUGGGGCGAGCCGUCUCAUCACACAAGCCUCCUCCAUCCAGCUACACACACGCACACACACAUGCACACACACACACACACACACACACACACACACCAACCACCUUAGUUGUAUAUGUCUUGGUCCCUCUUUUCUUAAAUUCUGAUUUAAAUAUGCCUGGGAUAUGUUGGGAAUCACGUUUUUGUUUCUGCGGUUUUAUUUUGUUUUAUUUUUAUUUCCCCCCCACCCCCGCCCGUGCUUUCUCCUCCUCCUGUUCCUCCCCAGGUAGUGGUCAGCCCUCCCUCUGAGUGCUUUGAGAAGUCUUUACUCCGUAUAUAUAAAUUCUAUAUUUUUACCAGAUGAAUGCAUUUAAGAGAAAUACAGCGUCGUCUACGGCUCCAUGUUCCGGUCCCGGCGGGAGGCUUGCUUGCACGUUGUCUGGACGUAUGUGGCUGGGAGGGAAGGCUUUUCGUUUGGGCGGUAAACCCCGAUUAACGGGCGCUUCGCCGGCUAGCGCGCUGCAUUCAUACGACGUCGCUACUGCGCCAGAAUGUUUCCGAUGGCGUCGAACGCUUUCACUGCUGUAAAGGAGGAGAGGGAGUAUUUUUAAUAUAAACACGCACGUAUUCGCACACACGCACACGCACACACACCCUUCCCCACCCACUGCCUUCAGUCCCGUCAAAGGGAUUGUGUUGCUGAUAUUCACGACGCCUUGCAUCGCUGCGUUUGAUCCGACUCUUUUAUACAUCCAGGAUUAUGAAGUUUUAAUGACACGAUGAGGAUGCGCCAGUUAUCCAUCCAGAGUAGAGAUCAACGACAUCCACCGCCACGUUUCGAAGCCUGCGAUUUAUUAUGUUGUACAAAAAAGAAAAAGCAAUCUCGGCUAGUCUCGCUUGUAAAUAUAUCUAUUUUUUUUUUUCCCCCCUCCCCUUUUUUUGUUUAAUUACGUACGUUUUAAUCUCUACUAGUGAUCGAAGACCUUGUAAAUGCUCAACGGCAUUUUAACAGUAGCUUUGGAAAUCCCGCCGACGAAAAACUGUCCAUUAUUUCUGUGGUGUAAAUGUUCAGAACCGCUAUAAAAGGAAAAUCAUGUAGGAAACGCAACCCCCUGUUCCUUUAUUUUCCUCUGUCCUUCACUGCUUGCAUAUUAUCCGGCCAGCGUGUUUCCGAGCGCACUAACCUAUGGGCCAACGGGCGGGUUAGACGCCGCUUUGCAUGACGUGUACAGUCGAACCCCUUUACCCCACUGUUCCUCCCAUCAGUUUUUCUAUUGAAAGGUGUUUAAAGUAAAAAAAAGAAAUCACAACAGCCACCAUGGUAAACAGUUUCACUAUCGCAUUUAAUAGCAGGGGAGUGGGUGGGGCAGGGGCUCUAUGAGAGAGACGGGUCUUGUCUUUUAAACUCAAACUACUGUUUCAAUUUCGGGGAGGUUUUAUUGAGUGGGUUGAACAUUUUAGCUGUAAAUGGCGGACUGGGGCGGGGUUCAGUCUGAAAUUUCAAUGUAAAUGGGGAGGGGUGGGGGCCGCCCAGGAGUCCGAAGGAUGCUUGUACAAAGUUUGUCACUUGUUUAAAAAAAGACCAUUUUUGCUGAUUCAGAAUGAUUUUUUUUUUUUUUCGUUAAUGCAUUCAAUUUGCUUUUUUUUUUUUCUUUGUUUUUUUUUUUUUUUUGUUUAAGCUCUUAAAAACUCUAGGUUGAUGAAUUUUUUGUACUUAGCUGUACCGUGUGAAAUUUUUCAGUGGUUGAAAGCUGACAUACAGAGAUUUAUUAGGGUGGGGAUGCGCUAAGGCUGGGGAGGCGAAUGUAUUGCUGUACAGCUAAUAAAAAAGAAAUUGACCUAA